UUUACCAGAUAUUUAUUUUCACAAGCAAACUCAAUAUUGAAACCAGGAUUUAAGAAAUUACAUCAAGAUAUGACUCUACCACUGUCUCACUACUUUAUUUCAUCUUCUCACAAUACCUACCUGACAGGACAUCAAUUGAAAGGAGAAAGCUCUGUUGAAAAGUAUAGAGAUGUACUGUUGACUGGCUGUCGUUGUGUCGAAUUGGAUUGUUGGGAUGGUAAGGAUGAACCAAUCAUUUUCCAUGGUCACACUCUCGUCUCUAAAAUUAAAUUCAGAGAUGUAGUCCAAAUUAUUCACGACUAUGCCUUCAAAGCGUCAGAGUACCCUGUAAUUUUAUCAUUGGAAGUUCACUGCAGUGAACCACAACAAGAAAUGAUGGCCAAGAUUAUGGUCCAAAUAUUUGGAGAGGAUUUGUACAUGCCUCCACCUGAAGAUAUUGUGACAUAUCCAUCUCCUCACGAAUUGAGGAGAAAGAUCCUUCUCAAAGGUAAGAGAUUGUGCAGUGGAACUGAUGAAGAUGACGAUGAGGAGGAAGACGAUGAGGAUGACGAAGCUGUCUCUACUCCAUCCUCCUCGAAGGAGAAACCAAAGAAGGAAAAGAAAAAGUCCAAAGUUGCCAAAGGUCUCUCAGAUAUAAUUGCAUUGUGUGCAGUUUCAUUCCAUGGAGAGUUUGCUGAGCCAUGUUGGAAAAUGCACAGCUUCUCUGAAGGUAAAUUGGAAAAGCUCCUAAAGAAGGAUCCAGAAGCCCUUGUCAAGUAUAAUAAGAAUCACAUCUCUAGAACCUAUCCAAGAGGUACCAGAAUUUCAUCAAGUAAUUACAAUCCAAUGUUGGGCUGGGCCACUGGUUGUCAAAUGGUUGCUCUCAAUUAUCAGACCUAUGAUGAACAUAUGAGAUUUAACGAAGUUUUAUUCGAGGAGAAUGGAAAAUGUGGCUAUGUUGUAAAACCUGACUUUUUACGUUUAGAGGGCAUUCCAAGUCCAUUCUCUGCUGGAACUUCACCAGUAUUAUCUGUUGUUUGUGGAGAACAAUUGCCAAAACCAGGUAUGAGUGAUAAGGGAGAAAUUGUUGAUCCAUUUGUCAGACUUCAAGUAUUAGGUAUUCCACAAGAUGAAUAUGAUGAAAAGUCAGAAAGUGUAACUGACAAUGGUUUCAAUCCAGUUUUUAACAAGAGAUUUGCCUUUAGCAUUACCUGUCCAGAGUUGGCUGUAAUUCGUAUUUCAGUUUAUGACAAGAACAAGACUGCGAAUGAAUUUUUAUGUGAAAAUUAUCUUCCAGUUCGUCAAUUAAAGAAAGGUUGCAGAAGUAUU